UAUUUUUUUCUUUGCUUUUCUCGAUAAAAACUUAUUACAAAGAAAAUCUGAUCGUGAACUAUCGACCGGGAAUCGUACAUGACUCUCAUUGAGAAAGUGUCCAUUGUCCGAAUGAUUAAUCGUCCUUGGCACAACGGGCCUCGAACUCGUACGCUCUUGAACUUUGAUAAUCUCUAGGGAGAGCGUGUAAACGAAUCGAAAAUUUCUAUAGUACGUUGAAUAAAAACCAAGAAAUAACUGGAGACGACAAACGAUCGAGUUUAAAAUUUAGCGAACGUGAUGUGCCUUGUAAACGGCGAAAUGUAAUUUUUGUUGCAAAUGAAUGAUUGAUAGAAAACAACUCGAAAAAAGAAAAAGAGAGAAAGAGAGAGAGAGAGAAAGAGGGAAGAAGAAAAAGUUAGUGCGCGCGUCACGUGUUCUGUUUCACCGGAAACGUGAUCCACCGGUGACGAUUUAAACUUUUCCAGUGAGAAGCAACCUGCGAGAAAAAGAAGCAUAAUAAAGUUUAAGUGGACUGGAAAAAUUUCUUUAUUUCCUCUAACGUGGUAGCAGCCUCGUCGACGACUCGUAUCCUUCUAUUAUCAUCGUUAAUAUCAUUAUCUUUCUUAUUAUUACCAUUACUCGUGGUUCUUCUCGAAACGUGGAUCAUACCGAGUCACGAAAUCGCAUUCACGAGAAAGGUGGAGAAGAAGAAAGAAGAGACGUUAAAGUGGAAGAAACAGAAAGAAAAGAAGCAGCAAAGAAAUCUUUCUUUCUCGUAAAAAGAUGGAUACUAGAGUGGAAGAUAGUGGAUAUAUCACGUGACAUAUCGACCCGAAAGCGAGAGGAUUUAAAUUGAAUUUCAUUCCAGGCGCACGCGAAUUCGCGACGGUGUACGUGCAUGUAAGAGCGUGCGAGCGCGUGCGCCUGUGUGUUUUAUCGUGUGUUAUCAUUAUCUACUCUUCGAUGACCUAACGUGAAGAAGAGAAAAAGAGAGAAUAGAAAGAAAAGAAAUAUAUAUAUACAUAUAUAUAUACAUAUGAAAUAUUAUAGGCAUACAAAUUACAAUAUGAUAUAUAUAUACACUAUACACAUCGUUUACCAAAUGGUUUAAAUCUCAUGCGUGUUUCGGAGUGUAAACUCGAAUAUCUUUAGAAUCUAUAUCAACGUUAUUUGCGUAUACGUAUAUACGUGCGUACGAUCGCGUCAUCGGCUUUGCGAAGAAAAAUAAAGAAAAGAAUAGCCUGAUUGAUGAUGAUCAACGACCAAAACGAAUUUUGUCAAUUAUACUAUUAAAUCGUUCGCUUCGACUUUCGACGUUCGAUUAUUGUAUAUGUUUUAAGCUGAUUCCUCUUUAUGGUCUCUAUUUGAUCUACCUCUUAUAGAUAAAAAAAAAGAAAAAAGAAAAAAAACAAAGUGAAAAAAGGUGAAGGUACAAAGGAGAGAAAAAAGGAAACGUCGACAACGAAAGAGCGGUGAACGGCCUAAAUAUGAAUAUGCAUAUACGCGAGGUGCAGUGACUCGAGAAGCACGCUUGAUGAUAGUGUCGUACCUGUUUUAAUUCAUCGUUAAUACAUUCUUCUUCCGAUAGGAAAGUAAUAUAAUCUCUCGUGCCGUAUCAGAGAUUUCCAAGGGCAACAUGACCGCUCGGAACUGCUUCCAAAGUGCCAUUUGCAGAAUAUCGCGCGAUAUCGAGCUUUCCAUCGGAGCUAGGCCCGAUGCCUUCCACGUAUCGCACGCGAUGUGUUGUAGUGUCUAAGAACAGUGACGGACAAUAUUUUGUGCUCGAAGAAAAAGUCAUCGGACGAUUGAAGAUAAAAGUGAUUAGCGACGAUGCGAGAUGGACACAUUGGUGGAUAUGGGGAAGCUCAUGAAAAAGUACAUUCCUGUGAAUCGACUAAAGUACGAAACGUCGUGUACCGUUCCGAACUGUACUUCGAGCUAAUUUAAUUCGAUUCGAGAGGACGGGACAAAAUAAAGAAAAUAACGAUGAGUUGCUUGAGGAGACUAUACGGACUUACAUGGAAAAGCAUCGCGAAAAUGAUGAAAGCUUAGGAUCGAGAUAAAGUUGGAAAUAAAAUUUGAGGAAAAAUCAAGGAAAAAAAGGAACGGAAAAUAAAAAAUAAAAAAUAGAAAAAGAAAAAAGAUAAAAAUAAAAAAUGGAAUCCACAAAGUUAGGCGGAGCUGCGCCGACCAGCCCGAGGGCGCACUCGCCUGCUUUACCGAGCUAUUGUACCAACUCAGACGGUAACAUCGAUUACAUCAUUGGCGAUUAUAUGGAGAGAUUGGGUACGAGGCUUAAUAUUCUCGAGACCGAAUUGAAAUACGCGUGGAGGGCACUGGAUUUACUUAGUCAGGAGUACAUAAAGAUGUGGGAGAGAUUGGAAAAAUUGGAAGGGCUUUUGUACGAGCAACAGACGGUGAUCAGUCAACUGAUAGAGUUUUACACGAACGGCAGUGGUCAGGAGAACGGCACCGAGGUCGUCGAAGGGACGUUGGCCGACGAGCAAGAUUCGGUCGGCGAGUUGGACGCUAUCGCGAAGAGUUUGAACGCCGCGAUAGGGAUGGAGGAGACAAGCGCUUUGAGGGAGAAGCUAACUCAGCAGGAAUUGGCGAGAAUGCACGGACUAACGCAGGACAGCGCGACCGCGAAUGCCGUGGUUACGGACAUGCACAGGAACGUAAGAAAUUUGGAGACUCUCGAGACGCUCGAGGAGGAGGAGGGCAACAUACCGGACGAAGCCUUCUACCGUAGUCUCAACAACGCCUACAGAGAGGAUUUGAUCUGUGGCGACACUUCGAGGCCUACCUCGCAACUCGGUAUGAUCUGGGAAGAGGUCGAGGACGAGGAUAUUAACGGUAAAAAAGAAAGCGAGAUCGCUUACUACGAAAAGAGUUCACCGAAAGAAAAGAAAACGGAGGAGUCGUCCGCGCAACAAAGUAAAGAAGAAAUUCAAGCCUCGGUUACAAAGAAAGAAGACGAAGCCGACGAGGACGAAGGUGAGGUUUUUAGCGCGGCCGAUUACAAAAGCUAUCGAGGCAAUACUCCUUGCGUCAGCGAACAAGACCUCGCUCAACUCUCCAGGCUGAGCUCGAUCGACCAGGUAGCUUUGGAGAAGCUUCACGAGCUCGACAGAUUGACUAGCAAAUUGCAAAAGGAUUCUCAAAAUCUCAUCGAACUGCAAUCGCGAUUGAUAGAAUCACCGAAACGCCGAUAUUCUUCGGAAGCCGAGGCGAAGUUGGCCGAGGAAGCGAGUAGCAUAGACGAGCAAUUGAGAAAGAUCUAUGCGGAAACGGACGUCGAUAGUUGGACCUUUUCGAAGAGUCCCGGAUCAACGGGCAGAUCUUUGUCGAGGGUCAGCACCGAUAGUGGGCUGGCGACUGACGGUGAUUUUACCGCAAGAUCCAUCUCACCGAGAUUGAGUUCCACUUCUAGGAGCAAUCUAGAUUCCAUUUCGACCACUUACACGCCUCCUAGAUUAGGAUACACUUCGGCGGUUCUAGAGAAGAGUCCCGAGCCUGUUAUCCAGUUACCCAUCGACGUGGGUAACUUUGCCAAAGGGUAUGCGGAGAAUAAAGAGCUGACCGAUUUAAUGGCCGAAAGUUUCGCGGCGGUGACUUGUGCCUCACCAACCAUUUACAGUACCACCACUGACAAGGCUCCAUCGCCGACGCUCUCGGUUGGUAGCGUACACAGCGUCCACAGCGUCCACAGUGUCCACAGCGUCCACAGCGUCCAAAGUAUCCGAACCAGGCAAGACGGUUAUUUCGGCAGCGCUGCUCGAUUAAACUUGGACUUUCAAGAGAGUAGAACUCCGCCGAGUCCAUCGCCGAGUUCACCACCGCCUCCGGCGCCGCGAGAUUCGACCGAAUCCUUCUUAAUGCCUACUGCGACGGAGGAUAGAGAGGCCGAGGCGAAAAGACCCCAAAGUCCUGGAAGUUUCUUGAGGAAUGCCGAAAAAUUGGUAUCCCUCGAUCAGGGUAGGCUCAGCCCGCGUACUCCUCAUUCUCCUAAAUCUCCAAGAGUAUCGCCCAAGCAUAUAACGAAAACGGUCAAUGCAGCCAACAUUGUUGCCACUAAAUCCGAUUCCGGUCUAUCUUCGAUGAGCGGAUGGAGCAGCUUGGACAAGUCGCCGAGUUCUCCGAAAAAUUCGAUCGCUAAAGCUUUGACUUCCUAUUCGGUCGAUCACACGAGAACGGCCCUAACAGCCUCCUCGUCCGUGCAGCCAGCGAGAACUUCUAGUCCGAUACCACCUCUUCCGGAAAGUACGAGCACCGCCGUCAUUACGCAGGAGCCUCUUUACGACACUCCGGAAGGUAGAGAUGCGUUCGCCGCAGCCGCGGCCCCCGCAACUGCUCAUUCUUCUUAUUCGACGACGACGAUUAACCACUUGCCCUAUACUUACGCGUCAUCGAUUAAAUCACCGGCGGCGGCAGCGGCGGCCACCAAGGACGACUACAAUAAUUUAGUUCCUCCACCAGCGCCAGGCACCUCCACCUGUCAGAGUCCAAAGAAACGAACCCGUCAACAAACGGUUCUUCAACAUAGCCUUCAGCAUACUCUUCAACAUGGCCUCCAGCAUGCUUACGAUUCCGUACCCUCGGCUACCGUUAUAGAUUACGUUUAUAGAUCGGAACAACCCGCGAUUUAUUCCGUAGCCGGCAGUAAUCGUCAACAAGUCAUAACGAGCGUCUAUACUAGCGGCUCCGGGAACUACGGUUUUAAAGUAACGGGCUAUUAUCCGGAUACCGUCGGUCAAUACGGUGGCUACCCAGAAAGUUACAACGCUCUGCAGUAUCCCGAGGCAAGCGGAAUGACGGGCCAUAUAAAGAAACCAUUAAGAGGCUCCUACGUCGCGGACGCGACGAGCAAUCAGGAGGGAUACAAAGCAGCGAUAUAUCGUACCAUGUUUCCCACAGGAAACAUCACGGAUGCUCUGUCCUAUUACCCGACCAGUGCAAGUUUACCGCGCACAGAGAACAACGAAAGUUCCUGGAUAAACUCGAUGGAAGAACAAAUUCCCCAUGAUUCGACCUCCUCCAGCAUCAGAUCUCUUACCUCGGAUGGUAGUUACGCUCAAAGUCCUUACACGGACCGAAGGUAUCCACAACCACCGGCCUAUCAAGCGCACCAACAAUAUCAUCACACUUACGCGAAUCAGAGUUAUCCGCAAGUAGUUGGUUAUCAGCAACAACAGUAUCAACCUUACGGGCAAAGACUGUUGAGCGGCACUGAAUGCGCACAACUUACGGACGGCUAUCAGAGACAAUGGCAACGGGAGCACCAAUACAUCCAGGAACACGAAAAUGCAAGAAUACCAAUGGAGCAACAACAGCAACAGCAGCAACAACAGCAGCAGCAACAACAGCAGAGCGAAUAUUACGACGCUUCGAAUGUGAUAGUAUCUCAGUCAGGUUACAUCAGCAUUUCUUCGAAUUUGAAAGAUCACGAGGUCGAUGGCGCUAAAUUAACGAAGAAAAUUCGACGCGGUACUUCCUUAAAAAACGCGAUGAGCUCCAUGAGCAAUUGGCUGCCCGAUCUUCAUCUGAGCAAAAGACACCGGAGUCAAUCUUUACCCGGUGGAGUCCGAAGGGAAGAUCUAGACGGAUCUCAGGAGAAUCAACAGAAACUUCCAUCUGAAAUAAACGCUGCCAGAGGCCGAGGCAGAACGCAGGCACCGAGGAAAAAGAAAAAGCACACUCUGGUAUCGACCGUUUCUGGUAUUCUUCAAAAAGCUAAACGGCGAACUCAUCAUUCGCAAUCACUAUCGGAUCCUGAACAAUCGGAGACAGAAUGGAGCAGUGGUAGACAAAGUGGACUUUCAGAGGACGAAGACAGCGUGAUGUCCGACGUUAAUCAAGAACUACCAUUCUUUGCAAAAGUAAAAACGUCUAGUACAAAACGGAAACCAUCGCAGCAACCGAUUACGGCACAGCAGCAGCAGCAACAACAACAACAACAACAACAACAACAACAAUCGGCCCAACUAAUGCAGCAACAGCAACAAGCUUUGCAACAGCAGCAAUCACUGCAACAGCAACAAGCUCUGCAACAGCAACAAGUUUUGCAGCAGCAACAAGUUCUGCAACAGCAACAAGUUCAACAGCAGCAACAAGUUCUACAGCAGCAGCAAACAUUACAACAGCAGCAAGCUUUGCAACAACAAAACCUUCAGCAACAACAACAGCAACAAGCUCUGCAGCAACAAAUUCAACAGCACCAAGAACAAUUGCAACAACAAGCCGCGCAAGAUGGCUGGGCGAAAGAGAAGGAACAAAGAAGGGUCGACUCGAUCGAAUACGAAACGAACGAGCAGAUGAUGGCCAUGGAGGAGGAGGGCAAGAGCACUGGCUCGGGAUCAGGUGGAUCGUCCAUCUUUCAAACAGUCGGCGAUAUAAAACGAUCGACCGGUAGCUCGGACGAAGCACCGAACGAGAAGACGCCUAAACUUCCGCCGGUAACCAUAAUGGGCGGUGCUAGCAUGGAAUUCGCGGUAUCGAGAGCACUUGGGAAAUAUCGUCAGCGACAAUCCUCGACGGUGUCGGACGAUCAGCCGCCGAUGGACGAAAACGCGAGCGAAAAGAAGUCCGACGAAGGGACUAACGGACAAUCGUUGGAGCCAAGUUUCGAAUAUCCCGAGGAUCUCUCGGAAAAGAGCGAGAAAAGCGAAAAGUCGGGCAGCGCGCGUUUACCCGAACUGGUUACGAGUUUGUCGGAAGAAGCUCCUCCGUCGGAGGGCAGUCCCUCGACAUCGAGCGCGAGGGGAUUCAUUCAGAGCGGUCCUACCCGAUUUCUACCUCGUCAUCAGCAAUCCCUCGAGAUACCCUGGGGAGGCGGUCGUUCCGCCGAGGACGAAGACAACAGAAGCACGCACUCUUAUAGAAGUACCUCGAGAGUCUCGUCGAGACGACAGAGCACCGAGGACUCGAUCGAUUCCGAGGACGAGUGGUAUUGUUACGAGUUGCGUAAACUCGAGGAGCUAGAAAUGCAAUCGCAAAUGGAUAUGGAAAUGAGCGAGGUCUUGGUGGAGGAAGCCGAAGACCGCGAACCCUAUCAACCGGACGACACCGUCAAGGAAAGGAUGUCCUGCGUGCUGAAGGAACUCAAAAUGAAAGCCGUUGCGAGGCCUAAAAUCGAAUCGAAGGAAGAGAAAGACAAUUUACGAGCUGGCAAAAUGAACGGUGCCAUUAGCAAGGAACGUCACACGGAAGAAGUCGAUGAAAGAUACCCGAGAGACGAGAGACCCAUUCCUAAGAGGAAAUUUGCCGAGAGUAUAGAAUCUGUGUUCGCUCGAGUGACCGAUUAUCAUACUUGGGCGCACGAAGAGGAGGCGAGAAAGGAGAGGGCAGGUCCGUCUCCGAGGACCGAGGACGGUUCCUCCUCGGGCGAAACAUCCGGUCCGGAUAGUCCUGGACGAUCGAUCGACGAUGACGAGAUCGAAGACGAGGAGGAGGAGGAGGAGGAGGAGGAGGAAGAGGCAGAAAGACAAAAGGUUCAGGAGGAACAUGAGGUGGCGAUAGAGGGCUUCGAGGAGGAAAGGGACGAACAUGAGAGAGAACUGUCUAGGGACUUCGAGGAAGAACAAUUGAGACGAAGAAGCAGCGGCGGCGGAUCCACCGGGCGACAAGGCGAUAAGAUUCAUCAAAUGAGCGAAUCCCUCUCUCACGAGGGUAAAGUCGUUUUAGGACUCGAUGGCGAGACCUUGGAAGAAGUUAUCGGAGUUGCCGAGGCCGAUACGAGCCUAAGCCUACCCAAGAUCAAGAUCGACUCCUCUUCUUGCGCCGGUACCGUCGACAGCGCACUCUUGAAAGAGGGUCAGGUUAGUCCUGGCCCACCUGGCUCCAAAUGGAAACUCUUAAAGACGCUGAAGGAACGUAAGGAGGAGAAACUCAAGGAGAUCGAGGAAGCUUCCAAAGAAGCUGCGACCAUUCCUCAGGGACCCACGGCGAACGGAAGCGGACCAGGAGGCGAAUCUGGUGGACGAGCUAACGGGCAUCCGGGCGAUAAUCCUUUCUACAGCAACAUUGACAGUAUGCCGGAUAUUCGGCCGCGACGGAAGUCAAUACCAUUGGUCUCCGAGCUGGUCUUGAAGACAAUGGCGGCGACGAAGAGGAACGCCGCAGGGCUCACAUCCGCGGUGCCCAGGGCUACGCUGAACGACGAGGAACUGAAGAUGCACGUCUACAAGAAAACGCUGCAAGCGAUGAUCUACCCGAUCUCGUCGACGACGCCUCACAAUUUCGUCACCUGGACUGCAACCUCACCGACUUACUGCUACGAAUGCGAGGGUCUUCUCUGGGGUAUUGCGCGUCAGGGCGUUCGAUGCAUGGAAUGCGGCGUAAAGUGUCAUGAAAAGUGCAAGGAUUUGCUUAACGCUGACUGCUUGCAAAGAGCCGCGGAAAAGAGCUCGAAGCACGGAGCGGAAGAUAAAGCGAAUAGCAUAAUCACAGCAAUGAAGGAAAGGAUGAAGCAGAGGGAGAUGGAAAAACCAGAAAUCUUCGAGCUCAUCCGGUCAGUCUUUGGGAUCGAGGAUGUUGCACACCAGGGCCACAUGUCAGCGGUGAAGCAGUCAGUUCUGGAUGGUACCAGCAAAUGGUCGGCGAAGAUCGCCAUUACAGUGAUCUGCGCUCAGGGAUUGAUCGCUAAGGAUAAGAGCGGUACAUCAGAUCCGUAUGUCACAGUUCAGGUCGGUAAGGUGAAGAAACGAACGAGAACGAUGCCGCGCGAACUCAAUCCGGUCUGGCACGAAAAGUUUUACUUCGAGUGUCACAAUUCAUCCGAUCGAAUAAAGGUUCGCGUCUGGGAUGAGGACAACGAUUUGAAAUCAAAGCUGCGUCAGAAACUUACGCGAGAAAGCGACGAUUUUCUUGGACAAACGAUCAUCGAGGUGAGAACUCUCAGCGGUGAAAUGGACGUCUGGUACAACCUGGAAAAGAGGACGGACAAGAGCGCAGUAUCCGGUGCCAUCAGGUUGCAUAUAAGCGUAGAAAUCAAAGGCGAAGAAAAAGUCGCUCCGUAUCACGUGCAAUACACCUGCCUGCACGAAAACCUCUUUCAUAGUCUAUGCGAGGAGAACGCCGGAAUGGUUAGCCUACCGCAGGCAAAAGGCGAGGAUGCCUGGAAGGUAUACUUUGAUCCACCUGGCGAAGAACUCGUCGACGAGUUCGCCAUGCGAUACGGCAUCGAGAGCAUCUACCAGGCUAUGACACAUUUCCACUGCCUCUCGACAAAGUACCUGUGCCCAGGGGUCCCCGCGGUAAUGUCGACCCUCUUGGCCAACAUAAACGCCUAUUAUGCUCAUACUACCGCUAGCUCGGCGGUUUCCGCCAGCGAUAGAUUCGCUGCUAGUAAUUUUGGGAAAGAAAAGUUCGUUAAAUUGCUGGACCAGCUUCACAAUUCCCUGAGGAUCGAUCUCUCGUCGUACAGAAAUAACUUCCCAGCUUCGAGCCAGGAGAAACUGAUGGAUCUAAAAAGCACGGUCGACCUUCUGACGAGCAUUACGUUCUUCCGUAUGAAGGUGCAGGAAUUGUCGAGCCCACCUCGAGCGAGCACCGUCGUCAAGGAUUGCGUGAAAGCUUGCCUGCGUUCGACCUAUCAGUUCCUCUUCGAACAUUGCUACGAGCUCUAUAGCAGAGAAUUCCAGGCUGAUCCGAACGAACCGAAGAAGGAUCCGGAGGAUCACGGACCCCGACGGGACUCUCUCGACUUUUGGCACAAGCUCAUCGCUCUGAUCGUUUCGGUGAUCGAGGAGGACAAGAACAGCUAUGCGCCCGUGCUAAACCAAUUCCCCCAGGAGUUGAACAUCGGUCAACUAUCGGCGGCCACCAUGUGGUCUUUGUUCGCAGUCGACAUGAAGUACGCCCUGGAGGAUCACGAGCAGCAUAGACUGUGCAAGUCCUCGGCCUAUAUGAACCUUCACUUUAAGGUCAAGUGGUUGUACACGAAUUAUGUGAAAGACGUGCCACCUUACAAGGGUGCCGUACCGGAAUAUCCCGCCUGGUUCGAGCCGUUCGUCAUGCAAUGGCUCAACGAGAACGACGACGUAUCCUUGGAAUACUUACACGGUGCCUUCACUAGAGACAAAAAGGAUGGGUUCCAAAAGAGCAGCGAACACGCUCUCUUCAGCGUAUCGGUCGUCGACGUGUUCACGCAGCUCACCCAGUGCUUCGACGUCGUCUCGAAACUAGAGUGUCCUGAUCCGGAGAUUUGGAAGAGGUACAUGAAGAGAUUCGCAAAGACUAUAGUCAAGGUUCUGGUAGCUUACGCUGACAUUGUCAAAAUGGAAUUUCCCAGCCACUUGAAAGAGGAACGAAUCGCUUGCAUACUUAUGAACAAUAUCCAACAACUGCGAGUGCAGCUCGAAAAGAUGUUCGAGUCGAUGGGCGGCGAGAAGUUGGAGGAGGACGCAGCAGAGAUCUUGAAGGAGCUUCAGCAGCAGCUCAAUAGCGCUUUGGACGACCUAGCGAUGCUUUUUGCAAAGAGUCUCGAGCCACGUAUAACUGCCUCGGUCCGAGAACUGGGAGAUCUCCUUUUGGCCAUCAAGGGUGGUGGUCAGGUGAACUUGUCUCAAGCGCAACAAAGAAACAAUGUCGCUGUAGAAGCCGACGAGGUGUUAAGGCCUCUAAUGGUUCUCCUCGAUGGAAGUCUUUCCCUCUAUGCCGAAUCCUGCGAGAAGACUGUACUCAAGAGACUGUUAAAAGAACUUUGGAAGAUUGUCAUGAGAAUCCUCGAAAAGACUGUCGUCUUACCACCCAUGACCGACAAAAGCAUGAUGUUCAAGAACUUAACGGAUAACGCGAAGAAUCUCGCAGCGAAUGCCAAGAUAGAAGACAUGUCCAAGUUGUUUAAGAAUCACAUGGCUGGAAAGCCGGAUGUCAAGAACGCUCUCAGCGGAGUCAUGGAUAUCUCGAAAGAGGUGGAAAAGAAUCUUUCGCCAAAGCAAUGCGCAGUACUGGAUGUUGCUCUCGAUACCAUCAAGCAAUAUUUCCAUGCCGGCGGGAAUGGUCUGAAAAAAGCCUUUCUCGAAAAGUCUUCGGAAUUACAGAGUCUUAGAUACGCUCUCAGUCUGUACACACAGACAACGGACACUCUCAUCAAAACCUUCGUCACGUCUCAAGUCAAUCAAGUGCCGCUGAACGAUGCGUCAACGCUACGUCAGCGUCAGCGUUCGAUGAGCAGCGAAAGAGGUGACGAAGGGGAAGGAGCCGAGGGUAUGGAAAGCCUCGAGGAACCCCUUCGCCAAAGCAAGCCCUCUCUCCGUCGAGAGAGUCGUCAAGUUCCAGAAACAACUGGCACAGACGAGGGUUCCGUUGGAGAAGUUAGCAUCCAAGUGGACCUAUUCACUCAUCCUGGAACCGGUGAUCAAAAGGUCACGGUGAAAGUCGUUGCUGCAAACGAUCUGAAAUGGCAAUUAGCUACGGGAAUGUUUAGGCCAUACGUCGAAGUCAAUCUGAUCGGUCCACACCUAACCGGCAAAAAGAGGAAACAAUCGACCAAAUCGAAGAGCAAUAAUUGGUCGCCGCAAUUCAACGAAAGUUUUGACUUCAUGAUCGGUAACGAGCAGCAACAGCUGGACUUUUACGAGCUUCAUAUUUGCGUGAAGGAUUAUUGCUUCGCUCGAGAGGAUAGACUGGUCGGCGUGGCGGUGAUGCAAGUGAAGGACAUCGUCGAAGAAGGUUCCUGCGCGUGCUGGCUAUCGCUCGGCAAGCGAAUUCAAAUGGACGAGACCGGCUGGACAAUUUUGCGAAUUCUCUCGCAGAGGAACAACGAUGAGAUAGCGAAAGAAUUUGUGAAGCUUAAGAGCGACAUCAGGCAGGAAACGCCGCUUCCAAAUCCCACCUGAGACGGCGAACCGUCGACACACUAAACUCGACAGCGAUGCGAUACGUCCUUUGAGCUUGGAAAGAGCUCCGAGGUCUGCCGAUGGUGGACAAGUUUUUGCCUGACGAUGGAGAAGCAAGAAAAUUAAGAAAGGAAGAAAGAAAGAACAAAAAUAGAGUUCACACUUUGGUGCCAACAACAACAGCAAUAUCGACGACUAGAAAUCCCUGCUGAAAAAAAGAGGCGAACGCAGGGGAACCGAUCGACUCUAACGGCGCAGCGGCGAUUCCGAUUGCUGCUCAAACCGCCCAUUUUCGCGGACGACCGAUCGAAUCUCUUUCGCUUUGAUAUUUUACGGAAUCGACGAAAGCAACGGUUCCUUCCUUCGUGCGAAAGAGAUCCGAACGACACGCCGUUUCUUCUCCCUUUUUUACGAGUCACACGUGCUACAUAUACACGACACGCCCACCCGUGCACACACACAGACACACACACAUUCACUGUCUGUCCGCAGACGGAGUUAAGUGUUAUCGCCCACAAAAUACAGAGCUCGACCAACGUUCUUUCGGCUCGUCAAAAAGAAAAUAUAUCUAAUACCAAGGACGAUUUCUGCCGUCCUUUUUGGAAAUUCUUAAACUACGAGCUUGACUGAGACUGAAAUUGCCCCGACGAUUACGAUGACGACGACGACGACGACGACGACGACGACGACGACGACGUAGACGAACAACGCUAUUAUAAAACGACAUCAAGAAAAGCGAACGUCAUUAAGGCGAAAGAAGGAAUCCAAGGAUUCCUUCUUUUUCGCCGUGUAUCGCGAGAAAAGAGAAAAUAGUACGUACGAAUCGGCAAGAGUGGAAACAGUGAAAACAGUGCUGCCAGUAUGCAAUAUAUUUGCUAAAUAUUCGUUAUGUAAAAGGGAGCAAGGGAAAAAGAGAAAAGGAGAAAAAGAGAGCAUAAGAAAAGAGAUGGGAAAAGACUAAAAGACUGAAGAUGAGCGCGUGGACAGACAAAGAAAACAUUAGUAUGAAGUAAGGUGACAAACGAUGGGGAGGCAUCAUGAAGAAACGGAUAAAGAUAAGGUUAAGAAAGUUCGAAAGAAGGAAAUAUAUGCGAAAGGCGAUAUUCCGCGCUCAUAAAGACACGAUAACCUUUAGGCCGUUUGUUCGGAUGGACGAGAGUUUACUGUAGAUAAACGUGAAAACAUAUUGUUGACGAAGAAGAAUUUUUCUAACACAACUAUUUAAAUGUAGCAUUGCGUACGACCAAUGGGCGCGCCCUGACGUCAAUCAUGGCGUGCCAUUAGUAAUAAAAACUUAGGCAUUGUAAUGUAUAAAGUACCUACGUUGUUAUUCGUAAGGGUAACAAAAGUCAAAGGAGAAAAAAAAAAGAUAUGUCGGCGAGAGACUGCAUCGUUAGGGUUAACCACGUCGAGAUCCACGAGUUAUCUUCGAGAGCUUCGAAUUUAUCUCUACGAGCGAACGAGCGCUCGUCGAAACGAAAAACUCUCGUUAUUUAUUCAUAGUAGUAUACAGCAGUAGGCGAAAACGUUCUUAAUGAUACUCGUAGCUUCGAUUUUUCUCGAAAUAUUAAGUACUACUUAAAAAAAAAAAAACAGGAGAGACGAGGUGCUUUUUUAUGCGAACUAAAGACUUUAAAAGACGGAUGCGCGCGCGGGUUCGAAAUCGAACAAAGUCGCGUUUUUCUGUUUGGAAGUCCGCUCGCUUCUCAUCCUCGUGUAUCGACUAUUCUCUUCGACUUUCUCUCCCUCUCUCUCUCUCUCUCUCUCUCUCUCUCUCUCUCUCUCUCUCUCUCUUUCUCUUUCUUGAAAAUCUCUUACGUAAUAAAAGAAAAAAUAAUGCACUUUGUGCGGCGGAAAAGUUCGCUCGCAGAGAUAUCGAAAUAAAAAAAGCAGAAUGAGCCUUUCUUCGCUCGAAGCUUCUCCGUUGGGAUCUGACGUGUGCGAUUAUUGAAAAAAAGGGGUAGAGAAGAAGAGACAAUGAUAACCACAUCGUCCAGCCUGUGCGGAUCGGACAGGUAUAAUAAAGGUAAAAUAAAGAAAAACAAUUUGAGAGAUUACGACACCGAUUAUAAUUGAAAAAGUUUCUACUUACGUAGUUACGUCUAGAUACAUAUACUUACGUAUUGUGUAUAGUGUCUAAAAGAAAACGCUGAAUUCGUAGCUGCGAGGCUGGGUUUGUACGAGGAAUGUAUGGAAAUAGGUAGUUGCGUACGCGCGUUUCUAUAUGCGUGAAUACUUCUUACGUGACCGUGGGUCACGUCUAAAGCAUAUUUGAUGCGCCACUUGUUCACAUCCAAGAAUCGUUUCUUUACAAAGAACGAGCGUGUAACCAUCCACGAGCUUAGGAAACGGUGACCGUCGAACCGAACUAUGUUGACGCGUCGAAAGAGAGGACUCUUCAAUCCAAAA